UCUUCCUCCCGGCCGCUAGUGGCCGCUACCGCCGCGGCCUCUCCUCCCUUUGUCAACUCUAUGGCCAAUCCCCAACCACUUCCUCUUUUGGCCGGAAGUGGCGGUGGGCGGAGCCACCCACCCUUUACCCGAGCCGCCGGGUUGAGGAGGCCAAGGGACGAGGAUGUGGUUCAUGUACGCGCUGAGCUGGCUCGCGCUCUUCAUCCAGGCCGCCUUCGUCACCCUCGGCAUCGCGGCUGGCUUAUACUACAUGGCAGAGCUGAUAGAAGAAUACACCGUAGCCACCAGCAGAAUCAUCAAGUACAUGAUUUGGUUCUCCACGGCGGUACUGGUCGGUCUGUACCUCUUUGAGCACUUCCCGGGCCUGAUGGUCGGUGUGGGCCUCUUUACAAACCUGGUUUAUUUUGGAUUACUGCAGACCUUCCCUUUCAUCAUGCUGACCUCUCCAAACUUUAUACUCUCCUGCGUGCUGGUUGUGCUGAAUCACUACCUAGCGUUCCAGUAUUUUGCAGAAGAGUAUUAUCCUUUCUCAGAGGUUCUUGCUUACUUCACUUUCUGCCUGUGGCUGAUCCCCUUUGCCUUCUUUGUUUCCUUGUCGGCCGGGGAGAACGUUCUGCCUUCCACAGUGCAGCCUGGAGAUGAUGUGGUAUCGAACUACUUCACAAAAGGAAAGCGGGGGAAGCGCUCUGGCAUCCUCGUCAUCUUCUCCUUCAUCAAGGAAGCCAUCUUGCCAAGCCGCCAAAAGAUGUAUUGAUCUUGCCUCCACCCAUCUAUCCCCCGUGACUUGCGUUUGGCUGAGCAGAACGUGGGGUUACUGGUCCUCCAAGUUAAUGAAUUGUGAAUUGCUGAGCCAGCAACCACAGGCAUUGACAGCCCACACGCUGGGAGAAUUGCUGCUUGGACCACUCUGUUUGUUUGGAUAGUUUUGCUGUGUGGUUCAAGAAGCCUUCUAGAACGUAGGGUCUUGUCUCUCUCUGCCUUCUGGAAGGAGCCCUGGGAUGAGCUGUGGUUGUUCCUUUUUAAAGCCAAAGCAUUUUUUUCCCUGAAAAGGUGCUUUCUUCAUGGAUCUCCCUGGAAUGAAGGCCUUUGAGGUUUAAUGAAGAGGGGUUGCACAAGCUUGCAAUCGAGGCAUACAAAACCCUACCACCAGAGAAGCCUUCCCAACUGUUUCAUGGUUGAAAUCUGUGGAGAAGGAAGGGAGAGACUCAAGACUUCCAAAAGCACUUACUGUACUGUUUAAUACAUACAUCACUGUGUUUGUAUGUAUUUUGUGGUGGAGAGCUGGGCAGCGUUUGUUGUUCCUUCAUCAAUCUUGGGUGACAUUUCCAGAGAUUAGCCUUUUAUGUAAGUGGAUCCUGGCCGGGGGGACCAGGAAUCUUUUCUUCCUCCAUUUUUACUGGGAGUCUCCACUUGAGGAUCUUUGGGGUCUGAAAAGCUCUUCAGACUUUUUUUUUAAAUUGGGAAAUCUAGAGGUGAUUAUUUGCACAGGUUUCUUAGAUCUCUGCCUCUCCUUCAGUAUUUGACUUCAAUACUUUGGGAAACCCUGCUCAGAAAAGAAGAUUAAAAGCAUAUCAUCCUCUUACAAAGGUUUUAUUCACUUGGAACCUGCCAUGCAGAGUGAAAAUCCGGCUGAGAAUAAAGAGGGAAAGACGAUGCGGCUGCCUGAAUAGAGAUGAUGGAAGAGGCUGCUGAUGGGGAUUGGAGUGGAAUGGGCUUUUGGGUUUCGUUAAGGCGCAGAAUCCAGUUCACAUGGCAUCUUGGGUCGGGCCAGAAAUCUUCCCGCUUUAGGUUAGCAGAUUUCGAAAGGUGCCACUCAGCAGCUGGAAGACUCCGAACCUCUGGAACAGCUACACACCUUGUUGAGGAUGCUGGCGACACAAUAUCAUUUUGUUCUUUCUUUAAUUGAAGUUUGGUUUCUGUUUUAGCACACAAGCUCUUGUGUUAAUAAAGGUGUUAGGUGAAAUUUGCCUUAAAAGCAAA